CGGACGUGCGAUAUUCAGCCAGCAGGGGGGGUGGGCUCGCCACCACUGGUCAGGAGUGAUCAUUAAGAAAAAGAUAUAGAUACGCCAACGUGUGGCUGCACUGCACGGUCGGAGGACGGCUGACCAAUAUGCCAUCCAGUCGAUUCUGUGUACAAGAGAGGAGAAAACUCGGGUCACGCAUGCACCACGGAAUGUCCGCGCUGAUUUUUGUACAUCGCUAGCUCAAGACCCUGUUCAGUCUCGGUAACGUUCGGCCUGGGACACGAAGCGCAGUUUAGUAAUCACCCGGGGAGUACCUCACAUACUAUCUUUCGCACCCGCUUAAAAACACUGUUGCCUUCUGGAAGCCAGAACAAGAAAACUCAGUCAGACGGAGAUUCUGUAAGAUUAAAGUUACCGGAUACUAGGCAGGCGGCCACCGCAGAGAUCACCAAUAGACGGACGUCCAUCUCUAAGAAACUGCCUAGCUGCCACGCGAUUCGUUUUCCUCAGAAGUUCGCGAAACGUUUCGAACGUACGAAAACACCUUGUCUUUUGGACUGUGAUGAAGUGACAACCAGGACCUGUAUACCUUAGAUUUUUAUUGUUCCAUGUGUUGUUGGGGAGGUGCGUGGUGGGGUGUGGCAGGUAUUUAUCUGUGCAAUAGAUUAAGUGUUUAAGGGAGUCGAACUGGUUUAAGACCAAUCAGUUGUUGGGAGAGAACAUUCCAAAUUCUUCCAGGACUUAAAGCCACACAUCCCCCGACGAGAUCAGCUGGUAUCGUAUGCGUGUAUUAUUGCCUUAAAAGUAUCUAAUAAAUGCAGCUGAUCCACAAAUAAAUGUGUCAUAACCGCUUCCACGAAUAAAUGUAGCCAAUCCGCAAAUAAAUGUCGCUGGUUCACCUGUCGCUUAUUGCGUUUAUUGUUGAGACAAUCUAAGUAGACUAUGCAAAGCCCUUUUUAAUAGCUAACAUUUAAUAGCUUUGCUUAAAUAUCCAUAAUUACAUUUUGGAUAUUUACUAAUGCAUUCUGAGAAGUCAUGAUUACAAUGUGACCAGUCAUAAUGCUAAUUCAAGAUCUGCCACUGUAAACGGGCUAGUUCAAACAAUAAUACUAGAUACCUUCAAAUAUAUUUUGACUAGUCAACAUACUUUUAAAGAUAUCUAUAAUGGCAUCAGACAUCGUCAUUCAACUCAUGACACACAGAUGUAUGGCAAGCCAUUUAAGCGUAUAGUCAACUGGCUUUUGAUGUCAAGAAUUCAAUUUUAAUUCGUUAUAAUUCGAAUUUUUGAUAUCAAAAAUGAAAGGUCCCACUGAACUGAAUGGGGGGAAACACAACUAGGCUAGUUAAACUUCAAUUUCUAUUUCUGAUAUCAAGAAUUCCUAUUUUAACUAGUUCAAAUGUAAUUCUUUAUAUUAAAAACAAAAAACUAUUUUACUUAUAGGCUAGUUAAAAUUACAUUUCUGGUAUCAAAAAUUCAAAUUAUAACUGCUUAAAAUUCUUGACAUCAAGAGCACACACAAAGGCCCAGGCUAGAUUCGAACCCAGGACCUUCUUGCUACCCCCUGCACCCUACUACUGCAUUUGACCAAUCAAAAUGAUUAUUGAUUAAUGAUUAUCUCCACUUUAGUUUUGACCAGUCAUAAUUCCAGUUUAAGAUAUCUAUAAUUGUAUUUUGACUAGUAUCUUACUUUCAGAUAUCAAAAAAGAUCAUUUAGAUAUCUUAAAUUAAAGAUAUCUUUGAUUGAAAUUAUUACAACUAGACUAAAUGGAGAUAUCUGGAAUUCAGAUUUUUACUAGUCAUAAAAGAAUUAUAGAUAUCAGUAAUGUGAAUCCGAUCAGGCUAUUAAAUGUUGCAAGGGCUUGACAAUAUAGUUUAAACACGCAUAGGCUAUUAUUUCGAGAAAGUGGCACGAUGUUAUCACACAGGUGCUCAAGGGAAAACGAUGGACACUACGUCGAGGUUCAGGGCCUAAGGGGAGGGGCAGAAACGAACCAAUAUAAAACCUCGGCUUGGCGCGCCUAAUUCACUUCAUUCCGCAGUCGCUUCAUGGCUGAUUAGUUACGCCAUGGUGCACGAACGUGUGGGUGAGGACCCCCAAGCAAACUCAAGCUUAGCGGCGAUCCGCGCUCGACUUCUUCUAGACAAGUAUGGAAGUCCGUGAUUUUGGAGAACCUGCAACAUACAAAGUGAACGGUUAAUCAGCCAAUCAGAGAAGAUCAUUUGAUUCCCAGCCCUACCGUUAAUAUUUCGUGUGCCAUUGAAAACCUUAUAAAGAAAAAGGAAAAUCCGUCUAGCAAGCCGAGCACUAACUUCAUGGAAACGCCUUCAGGUUAGAUUUGCAUUUACUAAAACAAAAAAUAAAAAAAAAUAAAAUAAAAUAAAGGAGAACCUCAAACAAAAAAAAAUAUAGUCUUUUUUUUUUUUUUUUUUGCCUGUGCAUUGAAGACACAAACUCUCAGGUCUUCACUGCCUCGCACAGCCUGCUGGGUAAAAGGUACUCUAGUAUUGAAGAUGAGUGCGUUUGACCUCCUGAGAUUACUGCCCUUGAACAUGACCCUGCGCCUGUGCCUCGACUGGCCAGUUUGCAACCGUACGGCGGCGUCGCUCGGCAACCUCUCGGACGCCCUGGACUUGUACGUCCCCGGCGACGGGUCGCCGUGGUUGCGCGCCGCGGUCGCUACGGUGUACUUCGCGGUCUCGGCGGUGGGGCUGGCGGGCAACGCCGCGGUGCUGUGCCUCCUCCGCGCCAGAGGGGGCGCCGCCGCCAAGGGCGCCGUCAACUUCUUCGUGCUGAACCUGGCGGCGACGGACCUGCUGUUCUCGGCGGCCAUGGCGCUGUGGGCGGCGGAGGCGGCGCUGGACUACCACUGGCCCUUCGGCGGCCGCGCCUGCAAGGCGGCCUCCUUCCUCACCUCGCUCAACCUCUUCGGCAGCGUCUUCUUCCUGGCCGCCAUGAGCGUGACGCGUUACUGCAGCGUGGCCUCCGCCCUGGCGCCGGGCGGGGGGGCGGGGGCGGGCCUGCGGGGUGAGUGCAUGGCCCGCCUGGCCGCCGCGCUAAUCUGGGCGGGGUCCGUGCUGGCCGCCGCCCCCAGGGCGGCCUUCGCGGAGGUGGUGGAAGUGGGCGGCGACCGGGUGUGCCUCCUCCACUUCCCCAACGGCACCUUCUGGCUGGGCCUGCACCACCUCCUGCGGGUGGUGGUGGGCUUCCUCCUCCCCUACGCUGUCAUCCUCCUGUCCUACCUGCUGCUGCUCCGCUUCCUGUGUAACCACGGCGACCCCGGGCGUCGCCGCCGGGCCCGGGUCUCCCGCUCGGUCGCCGUGGUGAUCCUGGCCUUCUGCGUCUGCUGGCUGCCCAACAACAUCCUGACCUUCUGGGGCCUGCUCAUACACCUGGACGCGGUGAAGUGGAGCUCCGCCUUCUACCUGGCGCACACCUACGUCUUCCCGCUCACCUCCUGCCUGGCCCAGGUCAACGGCUGCCUCAAUCCCGUCCUGUACUGCCUGAUGCACCAGGAGCACCGGCGGGCCCUGAGGGGCCUGCUCUGCGGGGCCAAACUCUCUGCCGGGCGACGGGUCGCCCUGCAGCUCCACAGCCUGGGGGGCCGGAGCGGGGCCAAGCCCUUCCCCGGCCCCCCGCCCUCCACCAGCCUCACCGGGGACCCCAGCCCCAAGAGCUCGGGCCUGCUCAACGGCUAG